AUGAAAAUUAUGGCCGGUACAUCGUCCAACAAUUAUCCACAUCAUCGUUUGUCAACAGCAAUUUUACCGUCAUCUACAUAUCAUUCUUCAUCGGAAUCUGAUUCACUGUCAUCGUCACCAACAUCAUCAACAACGUCAUCGUCAUCAUCCUCGAUCAGAAAAGGUCGUAUUGAUAAAGUGUCAAACGAACGACGUGAAAGACGAGAAGUGAUGGAAAAGUUACAAAAAAUGGUUCCUUCAGCUCGUGAAGGUGAUUCACAGUUGAAACUUUUACAGAAUAUCAUAAACUAUAUUGUUUCUUUACAGCGACAAUUAGAAGAGGAUAUUGCGGAUUCAGAAAAUCAACAUUAUAAUUUGGAUGUAACAAGUUUAAGCGAUAUGUUUGCCAGAUUUUCUACCAAAACGGCCAGGUUUCCGCUACGACCUGGUCAACAGGUUGCAUCUCACUGA